CACACGCAAACACACACUCAGACACGCACGCACACACAGGAGCUGCUGAGGAGGAGAACAGAACCACACAGGUUACUCGAGAGGUUGCCUUGCUACAGACCAGCAGUAUAGGAACCGUUCACGCUGACUGCUUGGAUUCAUUGGGACAGCUUCAUAGACUGUGUAGUUUAACAGCAUCGGUUCUCUGAAAGCCCAACAGCGGCGCUUCACCUCUCACCGUCUCACCAAUGUCAACCGCCACUCAACCCUGGCACCGGAAUGGAGAUGUUGGUUUACCAUUCAACGAGGAGAGAGUCAUAUCAGGCGGGGUGAACAGGAAUUCAGCAAUAAUUGGAGGCAUUAUUGCUGUGGUGAUUUUUACCAUCCUGUGCACUCUGGUCUUCCUGAUUCGCUACAUGAUACGCCACAAGAGAACACACCACACCAGUGAGUCCAAAGAGGACGAGCAGUCCGAAUCAGUUGACACGGCUAUCAUCACCACUGAGCCCAAUUUCACAGAGACCAUCGACGAAAGCAAGAAGGAAUGGUUCAUCUAACAGAAUGGGGAACAUCCAUCAAUUAAAAAAGGAUCAAUACAUACCACCCCCUCCCAUCUUUCUCCUUUCACUAUGUAUACCUCUCUAUCGCUCUCUCUUUCUCUCUGUUCCUUCCUCUCUGUCCUCUGUCUCCCCCUGUAUGCAAUGUUUUAUAAAAGUGCAGCUGUUAUGGGGUGGGCGAGAACGAGGACUGCAGUGGGAUCGAUGUCCGCAGGCCUGGCCGUCUUCUGAUUUAGAUCAAGAUAUGGAGAAUAUGGGGAAAAUAUAUAGCUUGAAGUUUGGAUGAGUGGGAAUGUGAGACUGAAAAUAGCACCUUCUGUGUUGGAACUAAUCCACAUCUUCUCUGAUCUCAUUAACUACAAUAUCAAAUCUGGGUGUGGUUGGAUUUAGAAAGCCUGAUGUUGAGAAUUUGAUGAAACAACACUACUUCGGUCAUCAGUGUCCCGAUAUUGAACUGUAUUAGUGAUGUCUUCAUGAUCUAUGCCAGCCAAACAUCCCUAAACAGCAAUGGUGGAGACAAAGAGCCUUAUGUUCAAACCAUUGAAGGAUGAAUAAGCUGAAAGCACCAUUAAGAAUGUGGCAAAAUCCAAACAACAAAAGCACAACGUUAAAUAAAGCUUCUCAUAAAGAAAUGAUGAAAACGCUACUCAUGAAUUG